UGUAGCGAAACCGAUGGAUUUGUCAUGUCGGUUGUGACGGGUUUACGAUCAUUUGAUGUCUCUGGUGACUUUAAUCCCACAUUUUCCAGCAGCAACGCUCGAGUGGAGGCCACGUGUUUGCAGGCUGCAUUCUUCCAGCCGAGGUUGAAACAGGUGGAACAAUGUGCAGCAUGUUCAUAUGGAACUGUGGAGACUCUGUGGAACAGUUUGGAGCAGGAAAUGAAACAAAGUCUGCAGACAGACCGGGAUCAGAACCAGAACCAGGAGAUGGACCGGGAUCAGAACCAGAACCAGGAGAUGGACCGGGAUCAGAACCAGAACCAGGAAAUGGACCGGGAUCAGAACCAGAACCAGGAGAUGGACCGGGAUCCGAGCCAGGACUCCUCAUCCAGCAGGACUAAAGCGGACGCUGCUGGUCUGCAGAAUCAUAAAGGAAGACCCAAAAGACACUGCUGUGAUGAUUGCAAGCAAGUUUUCACCACUUCAUCAAACCUGAAGAAGCAUAAGAAAACUCACACUUGUGAAAAACCGUACAGCUGUGAUCAGUGUGGAAUUGCUUUUGCCCAAAAAGCUCACCUAAAGCGUCAUCAGCUCAUUCAUUCUGGAGACAAGCCUUACGGAUGUGAUCAGUGUGGAGCGUCUUUUGCCCGGCAAGGUGUUUUAAGGAGACACCAACGUAUUCACACUGGAGAAAAGCCUUACGGAUGUGAUCAGUGUGGAGCGGCUUUUGCCCAAAAAGGGCACCUAAAGCAACACCAACAUAUUCACACUGGAGACAAGCCUUACAGAUGUGAUCAGUGUGGAGCGACUUUUGCCCAUCAAAGUGAUCUUAAGAAACACCAACGUAUUCACACUGGAGACAAGCCUUACAGAUGUGAUCAGUGUGGAGCGGCUUUUAGCGACUCAAGUUAUCUAAGAGUCCACCAACGUAUUCACACUGGAGAAAAGCCUUACAGAUGUGAUCAGUGUGGAGCGGCCUUUGCCCGGCAAGAUAAUUUGACGACUCACCAACGUAUUCACACUGGAGACAAGCCUUACAGAUGUGAUCAGUGUGGAGUGGCUUUUAGCGACUCAAGUUAUCUAAGAGUCCACCAACGUAUUCACACUGGAGAAAAGCCUUACAGAUGUGAUCAGUGUGGAGCGGCCUUUGCCCGGCAAGAUAAUUUGACGACUCACCAACGUAUUCACACUGGAGACAAGCCUUACAGAUGUGGUCAGUGCGGGGCGGCUUUUGCCCAUCAAUGUGAUCUUAAGAGACACCAACGUAUUCACACUGGAGAAAAGCCAUACAGAUGUGAUCAGUGUGGAGUGGCUUUUAGCCAAUCAAGUAGUCUAAGGAGACAUCAACGUAUUCACACUGGAUAAAAAGUGUACAUUUGUGAUCAGUGCUGGUAUCAUUGUCGGGGCUUGACAUUUCCCGUUUUAUUUUUAAGCCCAUGUCUUUGUCUUUGAGUUCUUGUUUGACCUUCCUGGUUCCCAUCUGCCCUGAUCGUUUGCACCUGUGUAAUCUUUAUCCUUUGUGUAUAUCUGGUCUUGUCUCUCCCCUGCUCCCUGCUGGCCCGUCCUGUUUCAUCCCUCCAUGUGUUCCCUGUCAAGUUUUCCCAUAGUUUUCGGAUUCUUGUUUUAAGUUCCUGUUUUCUGAAUCCUGUUCAGCAGUGCUUUUGUUUUUG